CUUCUUUUCGACAACAACAUUGUCCUUCAACUAUCCCUGAAACGUAAUGAGAAAACGGAUGACGACUGAGCACCAUUGUCUGUCGUGAUCCCUGAUCGCCUGACCGAGAGUCUCGUUUUCCCUCGAUUCGAGGGCGUCUCGGUGCGGAACUUGAAGCUUGCGAGCGCUUGCCGCGUCAAAACUAUGCCUGACGUCGAACAGCAUCGUAGACAGUCGAGUAACGCUGAACUGUCUUGGUCUGAAAUCAGCCAGCUUACGGAUGAGAAUUGGCAGUAUAUAUCGGAGGAUAGCCGGAGUGGAAUUGUGGAAAUCUCCCGGGCGGGUAAUCUGACUUUCUCUUCACUCGAUUUGUACGGGCGCGAAAAGGAAAUAUCCACUUUAAAGGAAGCGUUCGAUCGUUCCCGUUCAUCGCGAGAAUUGCUCUUAAUCUCUGGACAAUCUGGAAGCGGGAAGUCCGCUUUGGCAUCGUGCGUGGAGCAGCCUGUUCGUCAAGCCAAAGGCUUUUAUUUGAAAGGAAAAUUCGACCUCAAUCAACAAAGCCAGCCCUUUUCGGCCAUCGUAAGCGCCUGCUCUCGCUUGUGUGAAGAAUUGUUGCAACAGGAAGAGGGACUUUCAUGUCCUGGCCGAGAACAAAAUAGCGGUUCUCGAGAAGAACGAUCCUCGAAGCAAUGGCAGUCUGUAUUUUCUUUAGACGAGAUCAGAACUAGAAUGCACGAAGAAAUGGCAAACGAGGUUGAAGACCUUAUUUUCGUAGUGCCCGGUUUAGCAGAUGUGGUGGGUAUCGAUGUGAUUCAGCCUUUGAAUGAUAGUACAAAGGAUGACCCACUGGAAGCAAGAAAUCGGCUCAAUGCUGCUUUUCGAAAGUUCAUUCGGGUUCUUGGUUGUUUCGGACCGAUAGCGAUGUUUCUCGAUGAUAUGCAAUGGGCUGAUCUCGCCAGUUUGGAGUUGAUUGAAUUUCUCUUCACAGACCCAGAGAAGACGGGCCUGCUUAUUCUGGGAUGUUAUCGGGAUACUGGGUUGGACGACACCAAUGGUUAUCAAAAGCUACUACGGAAGCUAAAGCGCAGAGACGAAACCACUAUUACUGAAAUAGAAGUCCGAAACCUUUCCGUUCGGUAUGUCAAUGAAAUAUUAUCUGACUUGCUUCGCACAGAAAAGGGGCGAACACUCCCUCUUGCUGAGCUAGUUCAUCGAAAAACACAUGGAAACGCUUUUUUUGCUAUUCAGUUCAUUAAAUCUCUGGUUGAUAGCCGGAUUUUGAAACCCUCUGAUAGUUCGGCAUGGGCGUGGGAUCUAGAACAAGCCGAAAAAAGCACGGAACCAACUUCCAACGUGAUCGACCUUAUGAAGAGCAAACUGAAGAAGCUGCCGUAUGACGUUUGCUUAACUCUGCAGCUCAUGGCAUGCCUCGGAUCAACUUUCACUUUCCGAGUCUUUCAUCUAAUUGUCGACGAAUUUUACAACAACCCCUUGCAUGUGGAUCCAACCAAACUAGCUGUUCAACCUCUCGAUCAGAGAAAGCCAGAGGAAUGUUUACAGCUCUGCGUAGAGCAGGGUUUGAUUGUUGCUCAUCGGCGGCAUUCAUAUCGCUGGAUUCACGACAAACUUCAAGAAGCUGCCCUCUCCCUUCUACCGAGCGAUAGUCUUCCGAUAGUUCAAUUUCGAAUUGGCAAUCUUUUGCGGCAAAACCUGUCUUCCGUAGAGAUAGAAUCAUCCGUGUUUGUUGUUGCGGCAUUACUCAACGAAGGCUCAGAGGCACUUUUGACGGAUGAACAGAGGAUACAGAUCGCUCAUAUUGAUCUGGUUGCUGGCAAGAAAGCCAUUGAAUCUUCGGCAUUCGUUUCCGCCAAGUACUAUCUCGAAAAGGGAGUAGAGCUUCUUCCAGUAGGAUCUUGGAAUGAACAUUACCGUUUAACUUUGAAUAUCUAUUCGACUGCCGCUGAGGCUGAAUACUGUAACGGAAACGCAGUCAUGGUUGAACGAUACUGUGAUGAGGUCCUCAAGCAGAUACACCGGCCUCUCCUUGAUCGUCUUCCUGCCUAUAAAGUUCUAAUUGAAACCACCGGAGCGCAAGGAGAUCACAAAAAAGCUGCUCACCUUACUUUAGAUGUUCUGUCGCAGCUUGGAUGUCCGUUUCCAAAGUAUGCAGUACUGAUACAAGCCUAUGCUGGCCUUCAAAAAGCUAGAUUAUUCCAACGGAGACUUUCGACAGAGAAGGUCAAUGGAAUGCGGCAAAUGACGGAUAUCAAAGAUAUCUGGAUCAUGUCUUUACUUGACAAAAUGUUUGCUUUUGCUUAUGUUGGACGCUUGCCGAAUAUUUUGUUGAUGUCUAUUCUCAAAAGCUUGCAAUGGACACUAAAGAAGGGACUGAGCGAUUUUGCACCUUCUACCUUCGCACGCGUAGGGCUAGUUUUUGCGGCAUUCCUCAACGAUCCCAAGACGAGCGAAAUGUAUGCUGAGCAUUGCAUGUCGCUUUUGGUCCGGACUUCGUCGCGGAAAGCAAAAGUCAAGGCGUCAAUGAUUGUGCAAUCGUUUGUUUUCCAUUAUUUGCGACCUUUAAGCUCAACUACCCGACCGCUGACACACUCUUACGAAUUAGGAAUGAAGAUUGGUGCCAUUGAUGACGCCAUGUGGUGCUUUUUCUUCGCUCAAGAAACAAAGGUUCACUGCGGCGUCUCACUCAAUAGCAUUGCCGACGAGCUAAGCGUGGCAAUUAAGCAAAUGCAAGACCUAAAGCAAGUUAAACAGGAGGAACUCUGCUACAUACUCGAACGCGUGGUGUUGGACAUGACUGGAAAUGCCCGAGAUGCCCAUCUGCUGUCAGCCAAGUAUUUGGCGCAGGAUGAACUAUUUGCUAGGCUACGACAAACCGAGGACACAACAAUGAAAAUGUAUUUUUUGAGGAAUCGCAUGGCCGUCGCAUUUCUGUUUGAGAGGUACGAUCUCCUCAUGGAACUACUGGAGGACACGGGCUAUCAAAAAUUUAUAGAAAAGGCACAGCCUGGAGUUUUUGCCGUGCAGUCCAUGACAUUCCGAAAUGCGUUAGCUUGUGUAUCGGUGUUUCAUCGGACUGGAGAUCGCCACUAUUUGAGAUUGGCCAACAGACUUGCUUGGAAAGUCAAGAAAGCUGCGAAACAAAAUAAUCCCAACCUUUUUCACUACGAUGCUCUCCUGGACGCUGAGUUUGCAGCCACCAACGGCAAGCAUGCGGCCGCACUAAAACAUUUUGGCGCCGCGAUUCUGUUGGCCGGAAGCCGGCGCUUCCAGAACGACCAAGCCUUGAUAUACGAACGCUUUGGAGAAUACAACGACCGUGAAGGUCAAAAGGACGAUGCUCGGUAUAGUCUGCGACUAGCGAUCGAAUCAUAUCAGGUCUGGGGUGCCCGUGGUAAAGCCAAUCAAAUUCGGCUUAAGCACGCGGGGCUGUUGACGCCUCCAGCUGAGAUUGAGGUAGGAGAUUUCAACCCUGACUUCCUUACUCUUCGCCACAAAUCCUUAGACACUGCGCAUGUGAGGGGGACAGCACAAGUGGAGAAGCCUUUAGGUGCAGCGUAAGAGCCGAGAUGCCCUCAAUGACUGGCAUCGUUGCCUCCCUUUGCCUAUCGUCACGCCGGUGACCUACAUCCAGCGUGGCAUCUGUUGCGUGAUAGUAAAUUAG